CCAGGGCUAUCCUCCGUUUCACCCGGACAUUUCUUAAAUGUUGCAAUCAGCCGUGCGUUUGUCAAACGAAGAUGGAACACCACAGAAGUAGCCUGAAGAGUGGCUAAAAUACAAAAAGUUUAGCUCUGACAUUUCGGGAAACUUGUGCGAAGUUGAAGGCGUCUUCAGAAUGCCGCCUACUUGUGCUGAGUGUGGAUCCAGUAAAGUGGUGCAAGAUGACCUGUACUCCGAAUCAACACUGGUCUGCGAAGACUGCGGCUCGAUUGUCCCUACACAACACCUUACCACAACCCGAAGCGAGGAGGAGCAGGGAACAUCUGUUCCAUAUUAUGCCAGCACAGAGACCACAAAGCAUCCCUCAAGGAAUCUCAUCAAAGGCAUCAAGAGGGUGCAAGCCCUGUGCCGCAUCUACCGUUUCUCGGGCGACCUGGAGUACACCACGGUUGAGCUGUUCAAGCGCGCCUACGCCCACCCAGCCUUCCUCAUGGCCAAGAUGGAGAGGAAGGAGGUGCUGGGCGGGGCAUGCAUGGUCGCCGUGGCGCGCAUGAACAACAAGCCGGUCACCCUGGCGACCAUCGGCUCACUGCUGGAGGCGGACCCCACGUCGCUGGGCACGGUGUACCAGGAGCUGGUCAGCAGUCUGCAGCUGCAGGUCAACAGCGCGGCCAUCACCGAGCUGCUGGAGAGCUACUGCCACGGGUUGAACCUGACUGCGCAGGCGGUGGGAGAGGCGUUUAGCGAGAAGCCGUCUCAGCUGACUGAGAGGGCCACGUCCCUGGUGGAGCUGGCAGGGGACGCCUGGCUAGUCACCGGUCGCAACCCACUCCGCAUGUGCCUGGCUGUGACCUUCCUGGCCUGGCAGUCCUUCCAACCAGCUGUGCGUAUGAAAGUGUCUGUGACGGAGUUCUGCCGUCUGGCCAACGCCAUGGAUGGCACCAAGAAGAAGGUGAGCCCGGCGGUGCUGCAGCGGGUCAGGGAGUUGAGGGAGGUGCUGUGCAAGCUGGGCGCACAGCUGCCCUGGCUCAGGGGCGUGCCCCCGGACCCGCACCACGUCGCCGCCCUGGUGGAGGACAUCCUCAAGUACAAGCGCAUGCUGCUGGCCAGGACCCUGCGAAGCCACGAGGAAGCCCUGGAGGCGGAACACGCCAAGAAGGAAGAAGACGCAAUGGAGAGUGUUUUGAUUGCUGAGAAGAAGAACACGGCAGCGGAGACCGCGGCUGCUAACAAGAAAACGACUGGGAGCGCGGAUGCUAACAAGAGCAAGUCUCGAACAAGUAUCAGGAAUGCUAACGAUAUGGGGAGCACUGACGCAUGGUCUAUGACGUCACUGGCCCCAGAAAAGAACGUUCCUCCAGAACCUUCUGGGAACACGCAAUGUUCGAAAACAUUGAACGCUUCUUCAACAACAGUGCCUCACAGUAUUGCCACACAGUCGCAGUAUACUCCGCUGACCGGGGACAUGGCUGUUCCUGCUAACGCUAACUUAACACCAGCUUGCGUACUUGUAUUACCCUCGUUAACCCUAAUGAUACCCCAGGGGCAGGUUAGAGUGGUUGAGUACACACAGCCAGGUGGGUUGAAGAGAAAAGCAGAAGAGACGAUAUCUGAAACAACACCGGCAAAGAGGACAGAUACGGAUGGUCUUGGUGCACAUGAAUUUGGGGAAGAGGAGGUAGAGAGGCCCCCCUCUUUUGGGCCAGAGUCUCGACGCAGUGACACUGGCGGCUUGAAGGGAAAAGCUGAAGAGAUGCUAUCCACAAUGUCAACAUCAGCGCCACCGAAGGGGACCGAUGCUCUUGGGACACAUGAACUCGGGGGAGAAGAGGAAAGGAAGUCGCCCUCUGUUGGGUCGGAGUCUCAUUGCAGUGACGACGACAUCGAGCUCCCUGAAGAGCAGGAGAGAUCGUCCUCUUUUGGCUCGGAGUCUCCUUCCAGUGAUGACGACAUCAAGCCCCCUGAAGAGUUGGAGAGAUCGCCCUCUGUUGGGCCGGAGUCUCAUUGCAGUAAUGACGAGCUCCCUGCUGACCACUGGAGCAAGAGGCAGCUGUUCGUGCCGCCCUGCGUGUCGCACCCCAAGAGGAGGUUGCCUAGAGCGGAGCGCGGACCCGACGUGACGGGGGACGAGGAGAUCUCGGACAGCGAGAUCGAGUCCUACCUGCGCUCCCCUCAGGAGGCGCAAGACUUCUCGCAGGCCCAGAACGUGCAAGCUGCCGAGGAGCGCUUUCAGCAGCUGCUGGCGGAGCAGAAAGCAAAGUGAUGGACGCCAUUUUUAGUUGUUUAAGUUUCUAUUUUGUUGGGUUUUUUCCCAUAUAUUUAUUUCUUAUUGAGAGUAGUUUUGUUUAUGUUCAAGUUGCCACAGAGCCUCUAUGUCUGAGUUUUGUUGCGAAAAUGUUCAUUUCACAUUGCAUUGAUUAGACUAGUAUGAAAAGUCAUUCUCUUUAACUGGUUCUAGUCCAGUAUUAAUUGGAAACUGGCUUCUAGUGAAGCUGCAUGUAUGUAUGUGUGUGUGUGUGUGUCUGUCUGACUGUUCGUUAUGACUCUGGUCAACUGGAUGCAGUAGCUAGAACAGAGAUGGGCAACUGGAGGCCCGGGGGCCACAUGCGGCCCGCCUCCUCCUCACUGAGCGCGGCCCAUAGAUAAACCUUACUUGUGAUUUUUAAACCACUACUGAGUCAGUCUGUUGAAAGUCGACUAUUGGCCGACAGAGAACUCCAAUUUCUUCCAAACUUUCAGCAGUCACUGACCAAACAAAUGCACCUUGAAUUUUCAAACUGCAGUCAGAUCCGUGGUCAUCUGUCCCUCCGAUGGUCAUGAUGGAAAAAAUGUGACCCUCCCUACCAUGAAAGUUGCCCAUCCCUGAGCUAUAAUAAUAGCAGAGGAUUCACUGCUUGGAUUGAUGAAUGUGUGUGUGGAUAACUGUAAUAUUUAUUUUAUUUUCUAAAUAGUUCUCCAUCAAUUUUCCUGAGACAUUCCGUAGUGCCUGGCCUACUCUAUUUGUGCUUUUUGCACGUGUGGAAAUGUCUGCUGUUUGUGUGUACUAUGGGAGAUUGUUCUUUGCCAAUGCCGAACUAAAGGCUUUAUGUCUUUAUGUUUUCAUUUUUCCAUUAUUACGCAUCUUUUUCAUUAAGUGUCCAUAUUGACAUUGAUUUCGGCAGAAAUGCUAUUUAUUUCUGAAAUAAAUUGGCUGUCCAAUUAAGCUUGCUGAAAAUACUGCAAGUGCUUUAUUUUCACAGCAUGAAAUCACAGAUGAUGCAUUUGCAGUCCUCUUAAAUGUUCCUUUUGGAUGGUGUAUCGCACAGCAGUAUAUGAACAUACCAUCCUAAACAUGGCAUUACAACAAUAAAAGCACAUUAUUGUAA